CUUUUUUACACAGUUAAACAGUAAUGGCAACUGAGGAAGUGAAUGGUGCUCAAGAAAAUAGUGGAGGCUUCGUGCGACUUGGCCGUUCUACAACUGGAGCAGAUAUUGGGGAACUUCAGCAAAAGAUCAGUCAAGCUGAACAAGAACUGAAUCAGCUAAGAGUUGAACUAGACCAGACUAAACAACAAGCAAAGCAAGCUGAAUUAUCUGCACAAGAAAGUGGAAAGACCAACCGUAAGCUAAAGACUGAGAUUCAGACAUUGACAGACAUGAGCAAUCGUAAAGACAGACAAGCAGAAAACUCCAAGGCAACCGCUUUCUUCUUUGAAGGACAAGUCAAAAAGUACAUGGAUGAAAUUGAGACAGCAAGACAAGGCAUGGGUCAUCUCAAAGAACUUGAUGACCAGUUAAAUCAAGCAAAGGCAGAACAAGCUGAGCUCGAAAAAACGUCAAAGGAAGAAGCUGUUCGAGUGAAAGCGGUUAUAAAGUCGAUGCAAGAGACACAUAAAGCAAAUAAGGAAAACAUGAAGCAAGAGAUUGAAAAGGCUUAUGCAGAACUUGAAAAAGCAUCAGCGCAAACAUUGCAACUUCAGCAAGAAAUUCAACAAAAGAUGGAAAACGAGUUACAGUCAGGAAUGGAUAUUCAGGCACUGGAAAGAGAACAUAAACUAUUAGAGCAAAAACAAAUAGAGACCAUAAAACAAGUGUAUGAUGAAGUUGAGCAGCUUCGUAAAAGACUAGAACAAUCAGAAGCUUACACUCUUUCGCACGAGGAAAAUAUGUUGGUUGCUAAAGAAGAAAUGGAUAGAAUUGUGCGUCGACUUCGCGCUAUUGAUCAGAUAGCCAACACAAAAGAUACUGACUAAUUGAUACCUUCUUUUCAUUACAUUUAUUGCUUGAUUCAAUAAAACAUAUCACGUUAAUUACAAUCCUGUUUUUUAGCUGAAACAAUGCUCACUAAUACCUAUUGAACUAAUAUAAUGCCAAGAGAAUAAACAAG